CGCUGCGCUUCGCCUUCGCGGGACAGGUUCCACACGCGCCCUUUUUUAGACUAGACUCGCCUCGCGUCUUUUUUACUCUCUCUCUCUCUCUCCCUCUCUCUCUCUGUAAUUCAGUCUCCGUGUCUCUCUCUCUCUCUCUCUCUCUCUCUCUCUCUCUCUCUCUCUCCCCCCCCCCUCCUCUCCCACUAAUCUCACCCUUACUCCUCGCCCCGGUCGCCUCGAGCCCACCCGGUGGGAGUAAAAGAAAGAAGAAGACGAGAAGAAGUGAGAGGAGAAGCGCGCUGCCGGGAGGGAGACGCGUUUCCGAGGAGAGCGAUAUUAUUUUUCUUCUGAUCUCUGGUCGAUGGAUUUAUCACUGACAAUACAACAAUAUUUUAGCUAGAUAAUCGAGUGAAGCAUGGGUGACUGGAGCUUUCUAGGGCGGCUGCUGGAGAAUGCUCAAGAACACUCCACUGUGAUUGGAAAGGUUUGGUUGACCGUCCUCUUUAUCUUCCGCAUCUUGGUGCUGGGCGCAGCAGCUGAGGAGGUCUGGGGCGAUGAGCAGUCUGACUUUACUUGUAACACGCAGCAGCCCGGUUGCGAGAACGUCUGCUACGACGAGGCCUUCCCCAUCUCCCACAUCCGCUUCUGGGUGCUGCAGAUCAUCUUUGUCUCCACGCCAACCCUCAUCUACCUGGGCCAUGUGCUGCACAUUGUCCGCAUGGAGGAGAAGAGGAGGGAGCGGGAGGAGGAGCUCAGAAAGGCUGUACGGCACCAGGAGGACCAUGACCCUCUCUAUCACAACGGAGUUGGCGAUGGAGGAGGAGGAGGACGAGGAGGUGGGAAGAAGCAGAAGCUGCCGAUUCGUGAUGAGCACGGGAAGAUCCGGAUCCGGGGGGCGUUACUGAGGACCUACAUCUUCAACAUCAUCUUCAAGACUCUGUUUGAGGUGGGCUUCAUCCUGGGACAGUACUUCCUCUAUGGCUUCCACCUGAGGCCACUCUAUAAAUGUGGCCGCUGGCCCUGCCCCAAUACUGUGGACUGCUUCAUCUCCAGGCCCACUGAAAAGACAAUCUUCAUCAUCUUCAUGCUGGUGGUUGCAUGCGUCUCUCUGCUCCUCAACCUGCUGGAGAUCUACCACCUGGGCUGGAAGAAGGUCAAGCAGGGGGUCACCAAUGAGUUUGCACCCGACAGUGAGUCGCUGCUGCUGCCUGGAGACGCAGAGACGAUUCCUGAGCAGACCUCUGCGCCAGUGCUCGACUGUUUGCCGAGGUACGCCAGCGUGAGUGUGGUGGGGGGUGGAGCAGCAGAGGGAGGAGCCUACAGUCCAACUGAGGCGUCCCCUGCGGUGAUGUCCUUGCCCUCCAGACUCAAGAUGGAUGGCACAGUGUUCCACCCUGAUGAGUUCCUGUCGGAGGCCCCGCCCGCUUCUUUUUAUCGCAACGGUGAGAACGUGAGUGUCGGGAGCCACGGGCAGCUGGCGGCAAUGGAACAGAACUGGAGCAACAUGGCGCUGGAGCUCCAGAAUGUGGAUGGAAAAAACUCCUCUUCCUCUUCCUCCUCCUGCCCUCCUCCUCUUCCCUCCACUCCCACCUCCGCCUGUACCUCUCCUCAGGAGGAGACAAACCCACCACUGCCAAAAGGGGAGCAGCACUCCACGUUUCCUACACUUCCUCGUAAUACCCCUCUGUACCCCCUCACACCGCAGGAGGCGGUGGCGGAUGAGGAGAGCCCUGCACCUUGUAUGGUCCCUGCUGACGACUUCACCGUGGUUACCAGGGCGGAGAUGCAUCAGCCUCCUGCUGCUGCGACAGACAUCCGGAAGCCACGUCGGGCCAGCAAGAGCGGCGUCCGAGCUCGCCCUGAUGACCUGGCAGUGUAGCUACAACACACACACUCACACAUCUACACAACCAUGCAUACAUGCUGUGUACACGUUAAAAAAAAAACCUACAUUUUUUUUCCCACAUAUGCACAACAGCAUAAAACCACACACAAGCACGCCCUCCAGCUAAAGACAUGCCUGCCAGGAGGACGUGGAGCUGGAGUUGGCUGCUUAUUUUAAUCUCAGAAGAGAUAGAAAGAGUUUGGCCAGAUUACACUGAUGGCACCAUGCUGAUGCCUGAUCUACACCUUAAUAACUUGUAAGACAUCAGCUCAUAGGCGCUCUGGAGUCACUUCAGAGGACAGUGGAGAGAUGGCUGUGCACACAGGAACCAUUUACCAACAUUUAAACGCACAAAAGACGACAUCAUACUUUUAAAACACCACAGUAAAAGACAUACGGUAAUCACUCAAUGGAUGCGGGGGAGGAAGUAAGCCAAUUUAAAUGUGAGAAGGAGAAUUUACAAUCAAAAACAGUAGUAGACCUCUAAAAUAUGAUAUAAUAAUAUAUAUUUCAGCUUUGGAGUGAGUCUUCAUGCUAAGCUAAUGGACUCCAUAGUUAACCUACGGACACGAGAGUAGUAUCGAUCUUCUUUCUCUUACUUACAAUUGAAUUACUUCUGAAUAGAAUCAGCAUUUUCUCAACCAAAAGCUGAAGAUCUCCAACAUAGCUACCAGAGUGUGUGUUACAGCACUUAAAUUAAAAUGUUUUAAUGAUUAGCUGCACGGCCAACAUGGCUGCCACUUACUGUUCUGGCCAUACUCUCCCUUUUCUUUGGAGAGGUUGGACGGGGGAGGUACAUAGGCCCAUGAGAUGGGGUUCACAAACAUACACACUUAGAUAUACUUACACACACCUACAGUAUAUAUAUAUAUAUACAUAUAUAUAGUAUAUAUAGCCAGCAAAGACACAAAUAAAGAAGGUUAUAGUGAUGAUGAUGAUAAUGAGGAUUGGACUAACUAAUAAGUUUGGGAGCGUAGAGGCAGCAAUACUAUAUUCUUUCAUUUUCAUCUUUUUAAUUCUUUGCUGGGAGAUACCAGAGGAGAGGUUUGCACUUUUGUUUCUUUAUUUUUAUUUUUUCUUGUGAUGUGAUGGCGGAGCUGAACGGUCCGUGUGUCGUGUUGAAUCUGUCCGUCUGCGUGUACCGCUUUCACCCAGCCUGUAGUUUCAAUGAAGAGAGGGAUGCACAGACGUUAGGACGGAACAGACGACUAGAGGAGAGCAAUAAAGCAGUCCCACCCUGAGACAUAGUCCUUAAGCUUCACAGGCUGUGUGUGUGUGUGUGUGUGUGUGUGUGUGUGUGUGUGUGUGUGUGUUUAGGUACCUUAAUCUUGUUUCAGUGUUUACAAAAUGACAUCUCUGCAGUUACAUCAGGGUAAACUAUAUAAAGAAUAUAUAAAUAUGUAAAUAUAUAAUGAUUGAUAGUAUUGAUAGGCACCACAGGAUGUUAUACAGAACUACCUACAUUUAAAGUAAAAAAAAAAUAAGAAAGUUAGUUUCUGGUCAAGCUGCGAUUUAUUGUGACUUUUACCUGGAGAAUCCAAAGUGCUUUAGCGUUUUCUGACAUUGGCCCCACAGGUCACUUUAUGCAAAAAUCCAAUGUUAGGACGGUUGAGGCGACAAAAAAAAAAUAAUAUAUACACGAUCAAGGGCUUAAACUACAUUUCAACGAGUUCCUUAUUGAGCAAUUUUAAGCUUUGCAGCUUGAACGGAGCGUAAAGAUCAGUACACCUUCUUUCUGAUGCUUGUGUUUGCAGUGUGCUACAGAACUGUCGAGUUCCCCCUAGCUGUUCUGUAUAGGAGGACUCUAAGUUAAUUUUCUAGACUAGCUGUAGAUUAUACAGUAGAUUUUAGAUUUUUUUUGAAGAAAAAAAAAAAAAAGCAAUAUGAUCUAAAAAGUGAUACAUUUUAUUUCUCUGUCAGUUCUUAACAAACAUCCCACAUAGGAAUGUUCAUUUUUUCCUGUUCUUCUUAUUAAUUCCUGCCAAAAAAAGAGAAAAAGAAAAUGGCUAAUAUAAGUUUAGUUGUUGUUGCCUUACAGCAACUUCCCAAUGGCUUUAAUUCAGAUCAAAUUAUCAUGUUUUAUUCAACAUUCAGGAAUAAAAAAAAUUACCCAAGUUGCAAGUCAACAAAGAAGUGUGGUUUGGGGCAAACAGUGUUAUAAGUUUGUGCAUGUUUGUGUUUCUCUCUGAGCAGAAUAUUAGUUGAUUAUAUUUAAAAUACUUGAAAAAUACGAGAAAAGCUGCUGGAUUAUAUCACAUGUGCCUGAAUUAGCAUUCGAACACCGUAACCAAAAGAACCAAAUGAAAGUAAAGUCUGAUUCAAUAUGUUUACAUUUCGAUAUAAACAAAAUGUUGUUUUUGUAGUUUGAUAAAAAGAAUAAUCUUAACUCAAGGUCCACUUACUCACUUUUUCCGGAGCUUUCAACCACAUCUCACGGCCUUCAUUGUUUUGUUUUUAGUUUUGUCCAGGAUGUGUAAUUAUCAGGUAAUCGACCCAUGACGUUGUUCUGGGUGCAUUCUCCUGAAAAGACGACUGUUACGCUGCAUGCGAUGUUUUAUUGCAGUUGGCUGUCGGUUCUGGUUUGUCCGUUAAUGUUUUAAGACCGUAAACCAGGAAUAAAUCAGUGUGCUGGGAAUGCUGCUCAUUCAUGGCAACUUGGAACUCGUGUUUGAGCUCAAUAAUCGAUGAGUGCAACCAAAUAAAGGAAGCUCAGAAUUAGCACUGAGGCUAAUUUUGGGCUAAUUGCACUUUUAUCACACAUUGUCAACGUUGUUAAUCAUUGCACAUUAUCAAACCUGGCAUACUCAGUGUUAUGAAUCAUUAAAUUGUUAAAUAAAUACUAAUACACUCAUUCAUUUU